ACAUCCACACUUGGCCAACUGCUCAACCGUACCCUGCACACACCAGACAUACACCAAACACCACCUGCUACAGCACAGCUCCAACCAUGCAGAUCUUCGUCAAGACCCUCACCGGUAAGACCAUCACCCUUGAGGUAGAGUCGUCCGAUACCAUCGACAAUGUAAAGAGCAAGAUCCAGGACAAGGAGGGCAUUCCCCCAGAUCAGCAGCGCUUAAUCUUCGCUGGCAAGCAGCUCGAGGAUGGCCGCACCUUGUCCGACUACAACAUUCAGAAGGAGUCGACCCUUCAUCUUGUCCUCCGCCUUCGUGGUGGUAUGCAAAUCUUCGUCAAGACCCUGACCGGCAAGACCAUCACGCUUGAAGUCGAGUCCUCCGAUACUAUUGACAAUGUCAAAUCGAAGAUUCAAGAUAAGGAGGGCAUUCCCCCGGACCAGCAGCGUUUGAUCUUCGCCGGCAAGCAGCUCGAGGAUGGCCGCACCCUGUCCGACUACAACAUCCAGAAGGAGUCCACUCUGCAUCUCGUCCUGCGCCUGCGCGGUGGUAUGCAGAUCUUUGUCAAGACCCUGACUGGCAAGACCAUCACGCUCGAGGUGGAGUCAUCGGAUACAAUCGACAAUGUCAAGUCAAAGAUUCAGGACAAGGAGGGUAUCCCCCCAGACCAGCAGCGUCUUAUUUUUGCUGGCAAGCAGCUAGAAGACGGUCGUACUCUCUCCGACUAUAAUAUUCAGAAGGAAUCCACGCUCCACUUGGUGCUUCGUCUCCGUGGUGGUAUGCAGAUCUUCGUCAAGACACUCACAGGCAAGACCAUUACCCUAGAGGUAGAAUCGAGCGAUACCAUCGAUAACGUCAAGUCCAAGAUCCAGGACAAGGAGGGUAUCCCACCUGACCAGCAGCGUCUCAUCUUCGCCGGUAAACAAUUGGAAGACGGUCGAACGCUCUCCGACUACAAUAUUCAGAAGGAGUCCACACUGCACUUGGUGCUUCGUCUUCGUGGCGGACAGUAAGCGACCCUGGAGGCUGACGACGGAAAUCUGGGCAUGGCGUUCAUGGCAUCAUCACGGCUUACGGGUUGUGAUUAGGAAGUAGGACCGGCAUCAUUCAUAGUUCAUAUGGCUGUCGCCUGCC